UCUCACAACUUUACUAACUUUAUUUUUAUUUUUAACACAAAUCUUGAAUAGAUUGUCUAUAGGAAGAUGAAUUGUCAUGUGAGGAUGAUACACUGAUUGUUUUACAUUGUUCAUAAAACGAGAUAGUGUCAGACACACAAUAUUUAUGAGAGGUUGAUGUUUGUAACAAUGUGUAUCAACAUGUUUACACAAAACUCACACAGUCACCGGGGGAAUAUUCCAGAGAGCAGGUUAAGUGCAAAGUUCUUAGAAUGCAAAGCUCGAGAGUUUUACCUCCAAAAACAAGAGAGGUAAGACAAAGUCAGAGUCAGUUACCAUGGUUACUGACACUGUAAAACUAGCCAGAUAGCUAGCAGGUUUGACAAGUUAUUUAUGUGUGCAAAAGCUAUAUGAUUAGAAUGUAAUUUUCCAGCAUGAUCUGGCACCUGCCCACAGUGCCAAAACCACCAGUAACUGGUGUAUUGACCAUGGCAUUACUGUCCAACUCCCCCGACCUGAACCCCGUAGAGAAUUUGUGGGGUAUUGCGAAGAAGAAGAAGCUGAGAGACACCAGACCCAAUAAUACAAAUGAGACAUCCAUCAGCUGAUGGAACACCAAGAAGAAUGUCUCCCUCAUCUGCAGGGGGACAGUUUCACACAUCCACAGCCCCCCUAUUUUAAAGAGGAAGAGGAGGGAGAGUGUCCUGUAGGGCAGGAGGAGGCUGAUGUCAGCAAGUUUCCACUGACUGUUGUCUCUGUGAAGACUGAAGAGCAUGAAGACAAACCACCUGAGUCCUCACAGCUUCAUCACAGUCCAAACGCCCAGCAGCCCCCCCACAUUAAAGAGGAAAAGGAGGAAGUGUGGAUCAGUCAGGUGGGAGAGUGUCCUGUAGGGCAGGAGGAGGCUGAUGUCAGCAAGUUUCCACUGACUGUUGUCUCUGUGAAGACUGAAGAGCAUGAAGACAAACCACCUGAGUCCUCACAGCUUCAUCACAGUCCAAACGUCCAGCAGGUGUCAGCAGAGAGUCAAGAAGAGAUUCCCUCCAAACAGCAGGAGUGGAGCUCCAGUGUGGGACAGAAGGAGCUACAGGCCCCCUCCCACAUUAAAGAGGAAGAGGAGGAAUUGUGGAAGCAGCUUCAAAGGUUGGAGGAGGCUAAUGAUGAAGAUGAAGCUCAGUCCUUACAGCUUCAUCACAGUCAAAGUGAGGAGAACAGAGGGGCGGAGCUUGUAAGUCAACACAUCACAGAAGCUGAUGGAGAGCAUUGUGAAGAUAUAAAGUCAGAACCAGACAGCAUCUUUGCUCCACUGUCAGACAUGGACCACAUGAUGUCACACUCUUCUGAUCACAGUGACCACAUCCAAAAACCUUUGGAGAGUAAAAAUGACUCCAAAGGUGAUACGAGACAUCACACUAACAACAAACACUUGGACUGCUCUGAAUGUGGGAAAUCAUUUAAACACAAGAGUUAUAUUACAAUACACAUGAGGAUACAUACUGGAGAGAAACGUUUUACUUGCUCUGUUUGUAAGAAAAGUUUCUCCACAAAGCAACACAUGACCACACACAUGAGAACACACACUGGAGAGAAACCUUUUACUUGCUCUGUUUGUAAGAAGCAUUUCUCCACAAAGCAACACAUGACCACACACAUGAGAACACACACUGGAGAGAAACCUUUUACUUCCUCUGUUUGUAAGAAGAGUUUCUCCGUUAAGCCUGCCAUGACCAGACACAUGAGAACACAUACUGGAGAGAAACGUUUUACUUGCUCUGUUUGUAAGAAAAGUUUCUCCACAAAGCAACACAUGACCACACACAUGAGAACACACACUGGAGAGAAACCUUUUACUUGCUCUGUUUGUAAGAAGCAUUUCUCCACAAAGCAACACAUGACCACACACAUGAGAACACACACUGGAGAGAAACCUUUUACUUGCUCUGUUUGUAAGAAGAGUUUCUCCGUUAAGCCUGCCAUGACCAGACACAUGAGAACACACACUGGAGAGAAACUUUUUACUUGCUCUGUUUGUAAGAAGAAUUUCUCCAGAAAGUCUAACAUAACCGAACACAUGAGAACGCAUACUGGAGAGAAACCUUUUACUUGCUCUGUUUGUAAGAAGCGUUUCUCCACAAAGCAACAUGUGAUCACACACAUGCGAACACAUACUGGAGAGAAACCUUUUACUUGCUCUGUUUGUAAGAAGUGUUUCUCCAGAAAGCCUGACAUCUCCAUACACAUGAGAACACACACUGGAGAGAAACCUUUUACAUGCUCUGUUUGUAAGAACAGUUUCUCCACAAAGUCUAACAUGUCCUCACAUAUGAGAACACAUACUGGAGAGAAAAAUUUUACUUGCUUUGUUUGUAAGAAGACUUUCUCCACAAAGCCUAAGAUGUCCGCACAUAUGAGAACACAUACUGGAGAGAAAAAUUUUACUUGCUUUGUUUGUAAGAAGCAUUUCUCCACAAAGCUUGCCAUGACCAGACACAUGAGAGCACACACUGGAGCGAAACAAUUUAGUUGCAAUGUGUGAUAAGAUGUUCCGGCAUAAGUGUCAGGACAGUAAACACAAGUGUGUAACAGUCAUGGAAGCUGCAGGGAUUUAAAAACACUUAGUGAUUGUGCUAAAUGUACUUUAAAAACACAGCAUGUUUAAUAUGAAUGUAUAUUUGAUGUUGUAUGUAGUGCCUCUCAUCUUCUACUGUUAAAUAUAAAGGCCUACUGAAAGCCACUACUAGCGA